CAUUUAUGUCAGUGUUCUGUCUGUACUUGACACCUACACGCACAUCGGGAAUGAUAUGGUUCGUUCCCAGACACCGUUCUCAAUUGAAGAGGAGCCUUCGUUCCAUUGAGACUGUCAUGAGUUCUCGCUUUUGUCAACUGAAACGAAAGUCAUUAUUCCUCCCUGUUGAUGAAGUGAACAUGAGUACUGUCCUGAACGUGUUUAAAAUCCUUGGCGGGUUCCCUUUCGAGGUAGACGCUAAGGAUGGCGGAUUGAGGUCCAAUCCGCGAGUUUGGCUCUUCUGCUUUGUGCGCAACAUAAUCACGGUUUUACUCAUGGCCAUGGUCCUGGUCAUCCUGGAAAUGGAUGGACGGAAAUUCGUGGUCAUGUUCGACAACUUCUUGGACUUGGGGAUGACCGUUACUCAUUUGGUGUGUGCCCUCCUGCUUUUCAUUCCCAACCUAAUUGGUCUUUUCGGUGCCCUCUGGAACUACAUCGGAUUCGGCGAAAAGUACAACUCGUUGAGUGCCAAAAUGUGCACCUUGUACUCUCGCAGUCUAAGGACAGGACCCUUGACGUCCAUGACCAGUUUGAACAUCCGACACAUUCUUUUGAAAUUUGGACUGGCCUUCCUGUCCGCUUUGAUCGCUUCGUUUUGCAUCUAUCGUCUCUAUCCACACGAUGUGCCCCAGUUCCAAAUGGUCGUGGGUAUGGUGCUCUUGACUUUGUUCCUCUUUGAGAUGUUCUUUCCCAUUAUUUCGGGCUCGGCCCGAUUUAUUGUCAAGCAAAAAAUUGACAUCAUUUCAAAUAUCACCAUCUCUCAAGCAGACCACGUGGACAGUUGUCUUCAGCCUCCUCCUCCUCCUCAGUUUUAUAACGACCCUUCCUCCGGGAGCCUACAAAGGAGCCAGAACAACUCCACUAGCGAUGAUCGCGAUGAUCACGAUGAUCACGAAGGAGUUAACCGGAAAAUCUCGAAAAUCAGCAUCUACACCAUGAACAUGCCGGCGUUGUCACCCGCCUUCCCACUGGAGACCAUCAUCCACAACGGCUUGUUUUUGUGCGACACCCUCGAGGAAAUGAACUUGGCCCUGGGACCGCUCAUCUUUCUCGAGUACUUCGUGUCCAUUCUGACCUUGGUGGUGGGCUCGUUCUUCAGCUUGCUCAUGGUCAUGGCCUUCUUGGGAGAGUCGUUCAAGUUGAUCUCGUUCCUCUUCGGUCUCUACCACUUCGUUCUGGGUUUACUGGCUCUAAUCCGAAUUGCAGACCUGGUUGAUGCCGGACAAACCCUAUCGAACCGCGUGAAGAUCCUGCAAUCCAAACUCGAAUCGUUGUACAUCAUUCGACCGGAUCUGUUUCUGGACAACGGCUCACAUUGGCGGGCAUUCAUACUUGUGGAAAGAUUGAAGGACAAUUGCAUUCUCCGUCCCAUUUUCGCAUUCGCUCUCACCCGCGAAUCCACACUAUCUCUUAUGGGCCUUUUAAUCACCUACAUCAUUGUUUUGAUCCAAUUCAAAUUCAGCGAAAAGAGCAAAUACGAUCUGUAUGCGUACACGA